AUGGCACCUGUUCCCCGGGCAUCCACCACUGUGUCUUGUCUGUCCCCAGGCACUCUGAAGGCUGUGUUCUUCCUCUUCGCGUCCAUAUGCGCCUGGUAUUCUGGGUACCUGCUCGCAGAGCUCAUUCCGGAGGUAUCCCUGUCCAGUGCUGCUUAUAGCAUCCGGAACAUUGGUGAGAGGCCCGUCCUCAAGGCCCCAGCCCCUAAAAGGCAGAAAUGUGACCACUGGACCCCGUGCCCCUCGGACACCUACGCCUACCGCCUGCUCAGCGGGGGUGGCAGGGACAAAUAUGCUAAAAUCUGCUUUGAAGACGAGCUGCUUAUAGGAGAAAAGACUGGAAAUGUUGGAAGAGGAAUAAAUAUUGCCAUUGUCAACUAUAUGACUGGGAAAGUGACGGCAACACAGUAUUUUGAUAUGUUUGAAGGAGAUAACUCCGGACAGAUGAUAAACUUUAUUCAGAGCGCACCGUCAAAGUCGUUGCUUUUCAUGGUGACCCACGAUGAUGGAGCCAGCAGGUUGAAGGAGGACGCCAAGAAGGUCAUAGAAGGACUUGGAAGUAAACACAUCAGGAACAUACAGUUCAGGUCGAGCUGGGUGUUUCUCACAGCCAAAGGCCUUCAACUUCCCGAAGAAAUUCAGAGAGAAAGUAUCAACCACUCUGACAGUGCAAGGAACAGAUACUCUGGCUGGCCUGCAGAGGUACAGAUAGAAGGCUGCAUACCGAAAAAAACAAGCUAA